GAAAAAGCUACUUUGAACCAGACUGUUCUCAUCCAGUUUUUGAAUGCACAGAACCCCACACUCUACACUCUGUCACAAUGAUUUACCUGUCAGGGCUUGUUGGCUUUCUGCUGGUGGUGACAGCUGAGGCUGGAGUUGGAAACUCCUCUCAGUUACCGUUCUGUUUUGAGACAACACAGUGUCUGCUGUUUGAUUUGAUUUGUAAGACUAAAAACUAUGAGGUCCGCCACUAUAGCUCCGUGAAAUGGGUUUCAACUGACGAGGAAAGCUACUUCAUGGAGUUAGCAUCUUCUAAAGCAUUUAAACGACUGUAUAACUACAUCACUGGUGACAACAAGAAUAAAGAGAACAUUGAAAUGACAGCUCCUGUUAUUGUGAAAAUACCUGACAAGAUGUUUUGGGAAAAAGGUGUCUUCACAACGAGUUUCUUGCUGCCAGCUGAAUAUCAGACAAAUCCCCCCAUACCUACUGAUGAUAAGGUGUACUUCCAAGACACACCAGACAUGUACGUGUAUGUACAGACCUAUAGAGGAUGGAUCCUAACCUUUUCUGACAAAUCUGUAGCAAACUCUCUGUCCUCGGCCCUUAACUCAGUUCAUGCAGCAUACCAAAAAGACUCACACUAUGCUGCUGGAUAUAACAGUCCAAUGACGGUGUUUAACAGGCACAAUGAAGUAUGGUUUGUUGCUGAGGAUGUGCCCAGGUGUUUCUAGAAGUGAAGAUUACAGCUUUGCUCCUGUCUCUUGAGUACAGUGAGCACUGUGCAAUGACAGUGCACAGCAGACAGUGUAUAUGGAGAGAUGUUGUAGAUGGCCUUUGCUUCAUUGCUAUAUAAACAACCUGCCCGCGGGAGCCAAGAUUUCAAAAUCCUAUAUCAGUUGAAUGCACCAUGUAUCAUUUAGUUUAG